GAACACUCGAACUUUCUGAAGAAUUCGAUUAAUCGAAAGAUGACGUGAUUUAUGUUAAAAUAAACAUCGUAUAGUACGCAACAAAGAGGUUAUAACUGUAAAAUAAUGACAUAUAUCAAAAGAAUUUAAGAUGUAUUAAAAAAAAUAAAAAUGUAUACGUUACUUCAUGGAUUUUACAAAUACUUGGUACAAAAAGAUGAAUAUUUCAUACUCAUUUUGGGACUUGACAAUGCUGGCAAAACGACUUAUUUGGAAGCGGCGAAAACCAAAUUUACAAAAAACUAUAAAGGAAUGAAUCCAAGUAAAAUAACAACAACUGUCGGGCUUAAUAUAGGAAAGAUUGACAUUGCAGGAAUAAGAUUAAAUUUUUGGGAUCUUGGUGGUCAAGAUGAACUUCAAUCAUUGUGGGAUAAAUAUUACGCAGAAUCUCAUGCAGUUAUAUACAUUGUAGAUUCUUCAGAUAGAGAGAGAAUUCCUGAUUCAAAAAAAACAUUCGAUCGAGUUAUAUCUUCAGAACACUUAACAGGAGUACCUCUCUUAGUUCUUGCCAAUAAACAAGAUAUUUUAGAUUCAAUGGGAAUCAGAGAAGUAAAACCAAUAUUUAAUAAAAAUGCUCAUUUAAUUGGUCGAAGGGAUUGCAUGGUCAUGCCAGUAUCUGCAUUAAAAGGGGAUGGAGUAGAUGAAGGUAUUCAUUGGCUUGUAGACUGUGUGAAGAGAAAUAGUGAUGUACGCCCUCCACGUAAUCAAGACGACAAUGACUUAUCUUAACAUAAAAUCUAGAAACAAUAAUUUCCAAAAUAUUUUUAUUGUUACUUCUAAGAAUAGUUUUAUUUAUGAGAGAAAACAUUUGAGCUCAUUAUAUAUAUUGUAAAGAAGUGAAAAUGUCCAUGUUAAUUGACCUAUUAUUUCUUCAAGUGUUUAUCUUGUUGAUUAAUAGAUCAAUAAUUCCCUCAGGUGAUAUGGAACUAAAAGUAGUCAAAGCGUACGAUAUCAAGGCCCGGAACGAGAUAAGAGAUAAGCCACUCAACAGUUUGCCAUCAAGACUGUUAGAUUAUGUGAGUCAAUAGAAGGAUAUAAUUCACUCUGAAAAUGUUUGACUAGUUGUAGGUUUUUUAUAUCGAUUUUUAGUGUUUUUGUAUUAAUUUCCCAAUUGUGUUGAUCGAUAUUACGCAAUAUGUGGGCAUAUUAUGAUACUGAAGAUUGGAGUGUUCUCCCACCUGAGUUGAAUCGGAGGUAAGAUCGCAAGAAUUCGAUACAUCAAAUAUUAUUUAUUUAAUAUAAUAUGUGAUUGGUUAAUGCAGUGAAACUAAAAAUUAUCGUUUAUUAAAAAUAAGGUAACGGAAAUAAAUCAUUUUUAUGAAUAAAAA